AGCCCUGAAGGUGCCCCAAUAUCUUGCGGAAAGAGCCGAAAAUGUAGUAAAAAGAAAGGUCAUCAAGGUAAAUGUGACUCCAGAGGCCGUGAAGUUAAUGCAUUCUGGAAGAGAUCUCCUUUGUAUGCGAUUUAUAAAGAGGGACAGCGGCUGGUAACCGAGCCUAGGCAAAUCCUUGAAGAAAGCUUCACUGCCCUGCAAGUUAAAGAGGAGGCUUUGUCCAAGAAAGAGGAAGAUGUUUCAGCCUUACAGAGGCAAACAGAAGCUCUUUUUAAGGACGCAGGUAAAUAAAGCUUAGAUGCUACCUGAAAUAAGGUGACAAUAAUGUAAUAUCUGCGGUGAAAUAAGUCAAUGGUAUGCGUGACAUAUAUCACUGUAGGUUGAUUAAGUCGGGGAGAUUUGUCAUGAUUGAGAUACUCCUUGUUGCUGUAAAGGCUCUGAUCUAGGCUUUUGCUUUCCAGAAAAUGCAGUACAACAGUCAAAACAGGAGAAGGAAAAACUUGACAAGGAAAUUACUGAAGUGGAGGGAAGACUCAAGGAACUCACAGAGGCUUAUGAGAAAGUCAGGAAGCUUUUGGAACAAAAGGGUUAUUCCAGAAGACGAAGGGGCUUUGCAAGCACUUCAUUUGAAAUGAUUAAUGAUUAUAAGUCCAGCACUAGAUAUAGAAGAAGGGAGGAGUCCAAAAACAUACUAGAAUUUAUUCAUGGGGGUACUGAACCAUCAUUGUAUGGAGCAUGGGAUUUUUUAUCUGCCAAUGCAAGUAAUGAAAUUAUGAGCAAAUUAAUCAGUACGUACAAAAGGGGUAAAUUUCUUCAGGGUAUUUUUGGGAAAGCUGUUAGUGAUUAUCACAAAUCAGAGGAUGCAAUUAAACAAUCAUUAGCACUGAAAUACCAGAGUUUUUUAUCCAGAAGAAAGUAUAAUCUUGUAUGUAAAACACAAAAUUCAUUUUUUAGUGCAGAUAAAGAGGUCUGGCUGCCACGUAACAUGAAAUGUCUUGGGGUUGACCUGAGGUUACCGAAACUAAGUGUAUCUGAUGAAAGUGUUGACAGGUUUGUUAAAAGUUUGGACAUUGGUCACGUCACACAGUUACCAGGAGUAUCGGGUGUUUCUCGCACGGUGACAGGCUUGGUUUUUAUGAUUAUUGAUUUACACUUACGAGUUCCCCAUCUUUCACAAAAACUAGUGUGGUUCAGUGAAAAUGAAAAUCAUUUUAUUUUUCAGUUCUCUGAUGAUGGAGCUCCAGAAACAAGCGAGUUAACAAUGUCUAUUGGAAGUAUGGUGUGCUGGAACUUUGGAGAUCAGGUGCGGAGCAGGGACUUUCAGUACCUUCUCCACUGUGUUAGUGUUCAGGAAAAAGAUCGGCUUAUGCAUGACCUCUGGGAGCAACACACUGAGGAGAUGAAGAUUUUAGAAGGUAACAUUUUAACUGUAUGCAAUAAGGAUUGUACUGUAGAAUUUCAGCCAGGUGCAGACAUGUCAUGGCAGAGCUGGGCUGCCAAUGAACUCAACCAAGCAGCUACAUAUCCUUCCCCUUAUGCCAAUGUGCAUAAAGGUAACAUGUACACCAUGGGUGGAACUAUUGGUUUCAGUGACAGUGACACCUGGAAGCCCUUCACUUUAGAGAAAAGAAAGUCACAUGUUGAAAAGGUAAGAAAUUUUAUGUCUUCUCUUCCUUCUAGUUUGACAGAAAAAAACAGGCAUGCUAGAAAGCUACAGUUCAUGGCUGAGAAUGGCAUCCGACAGCUAGGACCCCCUAGGAUUGGGCAGUUUGCUGACCGGCUGAGGCCAGAACCAAUGCAUUGUGAGAUCAAUGCUUGGCAGCACUAUAUUGAUCUUCUUUACUUGGAAGCAGUGAUGCGAAAGAAAUUUGACCCUUUUGUUUCUGUUUUGGCAGCACCCUUGGGUAGAGGAGAUGAAGAUGACAUUGAUGAAGUACAACCGCAAAAGUCACUUGUGAAGAUUUCUAGCCUUGAGAGUGUUGGUGAGCGUGCUAGACAGCAAGACCUUUUACAACAAUCUGAGGAGAAACUGAGACAACACCUUGAAAAGGCAGGUAAUGGUAGUGUGAGGAAAGCUUCAGGUAAGAGGGGAUGUGGGCUUGGGUAUCUUGCCUCAAGAGUUAGGGAACACUACAGCGAUGAAUCGAACAGACAUAACAAGUUGCCAGUGAGACUGAUAGGCAAUCAAGCAAUUGCCUUGGCAAGAUAUUCCUACCGUCUUGUUGACACUUUAAAAUGUGAAAAUGAAACAGAGGCACAGAAAGCCAAACGGCUGGCUCUUGGAAAAAUAGGUGAGUAUUUGAGAAAUGCAGGGGGACUUUUUAACAGAAUUGAGACUAAUUCUGCUCAAGUUGCAGAACUGAAGGAAGUGUGCGAAAUGUAUUUCAAUCUCAUCUCUUUGUUUUUUCCUUCCAGUGUGAAUGUCACAACGUGGACAGUGGGAUAUGCUAUUCCCUAUCAUGCAAAUUUGUUGUUUAAAUUGUAUAAGGUUGGUUAUGGCAUUGUCUCAUUGCAGGCUAAAGAGGCCAAACAUUCUGGUGUGAAAGAUGAUUUGACUUUAACUAACAGGUCAACUGCAAUAACCCCCAUUGGUAAGUGGUGGCAAGUUAUGAGAAGUAACUAUGUUCGCUCCUUUUAUCUGCCAGAACAUCAGCCCAUGCCCUCCUCUUAUACUUCACACUACCAGUCUCGCUCCCCACCCCAUUGUAACCAUUCAAAGUUUUGUAAAUGUGGUAGAGAUAAAGACAGAGAUGAGCUCAGUUGUGAUGUCUGUCUGUCUAGCAUUGAGGUUGUGACCUCUGCAAACAAGAGAGAACUGACACACUCAUUGUUGUUCGCUUUUAAACCAGUGGUUUGCAAACAGUGCAACACCCGUUUCGCUGAUAACGUAUUAUUGUCGUCUCAUUUAAAGUUCUGCAAUUUUGCUGGGUUAACAAGUUCAAAAAUAAAACCAGGUACAAUGACAGUACCCGCCUUGAAAGAAGCCUUGCGCUUGAGAGGAUUGAGUGUUGCAGGUAAUAAGGAGGUUCUUGUAAAACGUCUUGAAGGUGCUCUAGCUGGGGAAGGUUAG